UUACCAUUAACACUUCUCAAUGCUGCUCAAGGCAAACCCAUGCUGGUGGAGUUGAAAAACGGAGUUACAUUCAACGGUCACUUAGUCGAAUGUGAUAAUUUCAUGAAUGUCACCCUUAGAGAAGUAUACCAGACUUCAGCCGAUGGUGAGAGAUUUUGGAAGAUGAAAGAAGUUUUCAUAAAAGGCAAUAUAAUAAAAUAUUUCCGAAUAGCGGAUGCUAUACUUGAUUCUGCUUUCGAACAACAAGAGAAGAACAGGGCGGCGGCGAAAACUCGUGGACAGAGUGCGAGGGGUAUGUCCUCUUUGUUUUCCUAA